UUUAGUCGAGUGGAGUUACGUGUUACAGGGUUUAACGGAUUUUUUGUAACUCGAGAACGGCCAGAAAGAUUCCUCUCGCGAGUAUGUUCGUGAAAAUCAACGACAUAGGUAAUCUAACGACUCUCUUCUAAACCACGAAAAUCUUUCAACGUAAUCUGCAUAUAUAUAUAGAAGAGAAAGAGAGAGAGAGAGAGAAAGGGAAGAUAUAGCGUCCAUCUCGUGUGUUACAAAAAAAUCGAGUAUCCAUAUUAUAUACAGGAUGGUUUGAAAGUUUCUGGAUCGUGCGAUCAAAAGUAACCGAGUGAUUAUUAAAAAUUUGUCGUUAUUCUUUUUCGUGACGUUUCGUUCUUUUCUUUAUAUAUUUAUUUAUUUAUUUUUUUAUUUCAUUAUCUUUUAUUUUAUUUCAUUCUCUUUUCUAGGCUAAUUUUCUUUUUCAGAUCGUAAAAUCACGAGUUCUGUAAAAGUCUCGAGAACGUGUAAUUGAUUUUUAAUAUCGUCUGGGAACUUCUUUUAAUCCGUCUAGAAACUUUUGGUCUGUCCUGUAUAUAAAUAUAAUACAUACCUACGUAUACAUAUAUGUAUAUGUAUAUAUAUAUAUAUAUAUAUAUAUAUAUAUAUAUAUAUAUACAUGUACUUUUGCGGAGAAACCUCAUCGAUGUCUGUAUAAGAUAGUUUAGGAGUAGGAUUAGAUGUGACAAAAGUUUAAACGCUUUCUCUAGCCGAUUCUAGUCCUUAGUAUAUUUAGCCUAUGGUUCGCUUAGUUAGUUGCGAACACAUAUAUAUAUAUAUAUAUAUACAUACAUAUUCUUUUUUUUUCUCUCAUAGAAUUCGCCGUCCGACUUUAGUAUUCGACAAUUUUUAUAGAUUUCAAUCGUGUCUGAUGAAAAAUCUUUUUUUCUACGAAAAGAGACAACGUGAUGUUAAAAAAUUAGAUUAGAAGCGAAAAAAUAGAACAAAAAGAAUUACAAUUGAUUACGUUUGAUUUUUUUUCGACUGCAUUUUUUCUUCUUUUUUUCUUUUUCUUCUAUUUCUUUCGUAAUCUUAUAAACAUUACGCGAGUCCAACGAUUCACAAUGAGUCACGUUGUUAGAGGUUCUACGAAUUGAACGAACGAUUUCGAAUGUAAUCUCUCAAUGAGGUUUCUUUGAAUGAACAUUACGUCCUUAUUGAAAUCUAACGAAAAACGUCGGGGAUUUUUUAUCUUCAUUUGUAUUUAUUUAUUUUUUCUCCUCUCUUAGAAACGCGCGGUCGGUCGGACAUGUAAUAUGUAGAAACGCGUCUAUUCUCUAUUCGUCUAUUUCGAAACGAUAGAAGUCUCGUUCUCACUUUUUCGAGUUUAAAAAAAAAAAAAUAAAAAAUAAAAAACGUAUUAGCCUCCUAGGGUGGUUUAAGUGAACGUACGUCCGAUAUCACGGUCCCUCCUGACUACUUAGCCGUAGUUUAGACCCACCGAUGCACGCUUCCUAAGUGAACAAAGAGAUAAAGAAAGUCACCUUAUCUUCGUCGGCUGCACAAACGGGUCUCUAGUCUGUUUUUUCGUCAACCCGUUUCUAAACUGUCCCUCGGAAUUGUUUAACAAAAAUUCAAGACGAAAAAUGUUGCGAAAAGAAAUGAGAAACGAAAGAGAGAGAGAGAGAGAGAGAGAGAGAGAGAGAGAGAAGAAAAAAGGAACUAACAAAGACAGAGAAAUUAUAAAAAAAAAAAGGAUAAAGAAAAAAUACGAUCAAUAAACAUAUUGACAAAAUUAUCAAUCAAAUUACAUAGAUCCGUCCAUGUGUUGUGUCAGAGAUAGAAGUGAAAAAUCAAAAGAGGAGAAAAGAAAAUGAAAAAGAAGGAAUGAUCAAAAAUGAUCAAGAAAUUCUAUCGUAUAGUACCUAUAUACGUACUACAUGUUACAUAGGACACCCAUACAUAUACAUAUAUACAUAAUAUAUAUAUAUAUAUAUAUAUAUAUAUAUAUAUAUAUAUAUAUAUAAGGUAUAUAUGGAAGUAAUAAUUCGAUUUAAUCGUAGCGUUCGAUCGUUAAUCGAGAAAACGAAACGAACGCCUCGACGGCGUACACUGUAAUCACGGGAAUUAAUUUGGAAUCGACGCUUGAAUCAGGUUAAGAGGAUCAAAAUUCAAUUCGACGAUUUCCGAGGGAAAAGAGGAAGCGGGACGAGUUCUAUCCUCGAACGUGUAGAGAGAGAUUAUAUAUAGAGUUAUAUACAUGAAUAUACUAUAUACAUAUACACAGGUAUAUAUACGUAUUAUAUAUAUACACACACGUACAUACAUACACAUAUACACAUAUAUAUACAAACACAUACACGAUAUACGUAGACGUGUGCGUAGUGAACGUAGUGAAAUUCGAUGUCGUCGUCUCAUCGUCGAAAGCCUGUUUCGACUACCAAAAGAUAAAAAGAAAAGAAAGAUGGAGAUAGAGAUAGAGAUAGAGAGAGAGAGAGAGAGAGAGAGAAAGAGAGAGAGAGAGAGAGAGAGAGAGAGAGAGAGAGAGAGAAAGAGAGAGAAAGAAGAAAAAUUCGUCAACGAGUUCAUUCCUCUUCGGAAUGAAUGUCAAUUGAAAAAAGAACGAAGCAAAAAGAAAGAGAAAAAAAAAACGAAAAAAAAAGAGAGAAAAGAAGAGAUAGGAAAAUUUUGUCCUCGUCCUCGAUCGUCGAUCGAGUGUUUGCCCCUGCCAACGUCGUCGAUCGUCAAAUUUUUAUUUUUUCUAGGUGGCAAGGAUCCUCGAUCUUCAAUCUCGUGACUUAAUCUAUCAUCUCCCUAUUCUCUCUUUCUCUCUCUCUCUCUCUGUAUCUUUCUCUCUCUUUCUCUCUCUCUCUCUCUCUUUCUGUUUUUUCUAUUUCUUUUUCUCUAUCUCUUUUUCUCUAUUUCUCUUUCUUUUUCUUUUGAAAUUUUACGUCGAUUUAGGCCCGACGAAUUGACGUUUGUUAGUCAUUAGGAUACGAUAGUCGAGCUUAUUCAAAAAUUAUAUAUUAUACUUGUUACAUUUUAUAUAUAUAUAUAUAUGAUUUAUAUACACAUAUAUAUUGUAUUAUCUAUUUGCGUGUCGAUUAUUAAAAUCCAUGAUUUCUACGUGUCCUCUUUUUUUAUAUUUUUUCGUUCUCUUGUUCCUUUUUUUCUUUCUCUCUCUUUUUAUUUAUUUUUUAUUGGUAAUUUUCCAAAUCUUUUUUCUCUCUCUCUUUUUUUUUUUCUUUUAAAUCGGAGAUUAUCGAAUCGGUUGAUUUUCAUGAGAUUAAUUUGAUUAAUUAAUUUGAUGAAAAUUAAUUUGAUGAAAAAUGAAUUCGAUGAAAAUUAAUUGAUCGAUGGUAUGCUACUACAAUUAGUAUUGACGUAAGUGAUAUAGGCCAAUUUCUAGUCAAACGGUAUGAGCGAAUAUAUCGAUUUAGUUUGUUUUCUCACAUUUAGAGAUUGUAAUAUCAAGCUCGACUAUCUUCAUCCAAGUUUCUCUCUCUAUAAUCGAUGUCUAGUUUCUAGUAUCUAGCGUUUCUAGGUAAUAGCGAAGAACCGGAGAAAUUUAUCCUUAUGAUUGCCGCUAUCGGAUUAUAAUAAUUGUACUGGUCUUAAAAAAUACGAAGAUAAACAUUCGUAUUCAAAGCUAUGGCUGUGAUCCUUAUUAAUCGUAAAACGGUUCAUAUUGUAUUCGAUAUUAUAUAAAUAUCUAUAUAUAUGUAUAUAUAUUAUAUAUACGUAUAUAUAUAUAUAUAAAUCUAUAUUAAGCGUAUAGGUUAUGGCGACGUAAAAUGAUAAUAUUUAGUGACAAAUGACGAGGAGAAAAAAAAAUGAAAAGAAAAGCAACAACAGUAAUAACAGCAACAAAAAAUUAAAAAAGAUGAAAAUAAAAAAAUAAAAUUAGAAACUAAGAGGAUAUUUUGCCAAGGGAACGUUACGUUUUGCAUGAAUUCUUUUCCUUCGUCAUAGAAACUUUUCGUCGUAGUCGAUUCGUCCGUAAACGUAAAAAGUAAAAGAAAGUGAAUGAAAGAAAAAAGAAAAACACAAAGGGGCAAAGGCAAAAGCAAGAUUAUUAGAAGAAAAGAAAAAAAUAAUAAAGGAAAGGAGAAAGAAAAGGAAAGAAGGAAGAACAAGAAGAGAGUCAAAUUUGUCGUCUCGUUACGCUCUCAUAAAAAAUUUCUUGAUUUACAUCUCAAAACAAAGAGAGAGCCGGGAUCGAUCGUGCAAUUUUGUUGUUAUAAUUGUAUCGUCUCUUCAAGAAUUUCUGAAAGUUUCGUCGUUGUAAGCUCAUAGAAAUAGAAUGAUCCAAGUUGACGGAGUGAUCGCUCGCUGUUUUCGUAUUUGUCGUAAGAAAUCAAAAGGGAAAAACAAAAAAAAAGAAACAACAAAUAUGGAAGACAAAUUUAUCUUCGAUCCGUCGAUUAAAGAAAAAAGAAAGAAAGAAAGAACAGAGAAAAAAAAUGAGAAAAAGAAAUCAAAGCUAUAAAAGGUAGAUUUUUGACAGAUAACAAUUUCUUACACUAUUUUUAUUUCCCUAUUUUCCCUCCAAUUCAAACACUAAGACUGUAUAUUCCAAAUUCGUUGCAUAUAUAUAUAUGUAUAUACAUAUGUGUGCGUGUAUAUCGAUCAUUACUUAUCGAUUAUUUGCCGAAUUUUCACAAUCAUUUUUUUAUUACGUCUUACCGACAAAUCCAAUCGCAUGAAUAAGAAUUUUUAUAUCCGUUCUUCUUCUUCUUUGUGCGAUUCGAACGCGAGAGAGAGAGAGAGAGAGAGAGAGAGAGAGAGAGAGAGAGAGAGAGAGAAAGGAAUGAAUAAUCUUGUAUAUAAAAGUAAGUUUACAAAAAAAAACAAAAAUAUUAAUAAUGAUAAUAAUAAUUAUAAAAAAAAUCAGAAAGGAAAUGAAUUGAAAGAAAUCUCUCGUGGCUUCAGGGUCGUAGAUCGAUCGACGAUCAUAAAUAUAUAAAUAUAUACUAUAAAUACUAUACAUAUAUACGUAAGUGUACAGAAAACGAAUAAUAAUGAUAAUAGUAAUAAUACUAAUAAUAAUAAUAAUAAUAAUAAUAAUAAUGCUAAUACUAAUUAUAAUAAUAAUAAUAAUUAUAACAUUAUGAAUAUUAAUAAUAAUUCUAAUAAUUAUGAAAUAAGUAACGAAUAACGAAAAGGAAAAAAAAAAGAAGAAAAACAAGAAUAUUGUUACGACCCUGUAAGCCGCACGAGUAUUUCAAGAAUAAAAUAUCAAAGUUUGAAGAAAUACUUUACUCGAGGAAUACGAAACAGCGCGUCGAAUACUCGAACCGAGGAAGCAUCGAUGUAUUUUCACUACAGUCCUGUCUACAGUCAAUUCAUUUUGUAUCUAUACUUAAUCUAUGUAUCUAAUGUCAUAAUUUAUGCCGAAUAAAUGUUACAUUUACGCAUAUCGUCGAUACCUUAA